AUGGCCAAAUCAAAGGCUACCACCAAAGCAGCGGCUCCUGCUGAGCACGGCUACGAAUUCUUCGGCCCUCCCGGUGCCUUUGGUAUUUCGUUUGGCCUUCCCAUCCUCGUCUACGUUUUCACGUUUGCCUGCAACGACAUCUCAGGAUGCCCCGCGCCGUCGCUCCUAAACCCUCGCUCCCUGUCGUUAGAUCAACUAAAGCUCGAAGUUGGCUGGCCUGAAGAUGGCAUCUGGGGUGUUGCCAGCUGGAAGGCCACCGGCGCAGUCCUCGCAUACUAUCUUGUCAAUUUGAUCUUGUACCGUGCCUUGCCCGCGACCGAAGUGGAAGGCACUGUGCUGAGCUCUGGCGGACGCCUCAAAUACAGAUUCAACACUUUCUACUCCAACACGGCAACGUUGGCUGCCCUUGCAGCCGGAACCGCCGCCCAAGGUGCUGAAUUCCCCGUUUGGGUUUUCAUCAGCGAGAAUUAUCUCCAAAUCCUGACUGCUUGUAUUGGCAUUGCCUAUGCUAUUGCCACAUUUGUAUACGUACGCAGCUUUAGUGUCAAGGCUGGAAACAAGCAACUUCGAGAGCUUGCUGCAGGUGGACACUCCGGAAACUUGCUCUACGACUGGUUCAUCGGCCGCGAAUUGAACCCCCGAGUCACAAUCCCCCUCAUCGGAGAAGUCGAUCUCAAAGAGUGGUGUGAGUUGCGCCCCGGCAUGAUGGGCUGGAUCAUCCUCAAUUGUUCUUGGUGUGCUCAGCAGUACCGCAACUUUGGCUACGUCACUGAUAGCAUCAUCUGCAUCACUGUUGUGCAAGCGUUGUACAUUGUCGACUCGUGGUGGUUUGAGCCUGCAAUCUUGACCACCAUGGACAUCACCACUGACGGUUUUGGCAUGAUGCUUGCUUUUGGCGAUCUCGUCUGGGUUCCUUUCGUAUAUUCCAUGCAAACUCGGUAUUUGUCAGUCCAUCCGUUGUCCCUUGGACCCGUGGGCCUUGCUGGCACCGUAUCUCUCAUUGUCCUCGGUUUCUACAUCUUCCGCUCCGCCAACAGUCAAAAGAAUGCUUUCCGCACCAAUCCCAAAGACCCUGGUGUUGCACACCUGAAGUACAUUGAAACCAAGACGGGCAGCAAGCUUCUCAUCUCCGGCUGGUGGGGCAUCGCUCGCCAUAUCAACUAUCUUGGUGAUUGGAUUCAAUCGUGGCCAUACAGUCUUCCCACUGGACUUGCUGGCUACCAGAUUCUGGCUGCCAGUGCCGGAGCCGCCUCCGAGGGCGCAUACAUCAUGAAGGAUGGCCGUCAGAUUAUUCAAGGCGUCGCUCGAGGGUGGGGCAUGCCCAUUACCUACUUCUACAUUGUUUAUUUUGCCGUCCUCCUUAUCCACCGUGAUCGUCGUGAUGACGAGAAGUGCCACCGCAAAUACGGAGAGGAUUGGGAGGAGUACAAGAAGAUUGUCCGGUGGAGGAUUGUUCCUGGCAUUUACUAA